CCCCAGGCUGGUUCGGAGAGAGACCUUUGCCAUGGGGCCAGCGACUGUUCUCUUCCUCCUCCUCACGCUCGGCGCCUCGGAGGCCAAGCGCGCGGCAGAGUCCAGGAGCGAUGAUAACAGUGUCUUUGAUCUCUUUGAACUCAUCGGCUUCAUUCGGAAGGGAGCUGGGCGCCGGGCACCCGGGGUGCACCUGGUGAAGGGACCAGAAUCCUCCAGCCCUGCUUACCGCAUUGAAGAUGCCAGUCGCAUCCCUGCUGUCCCUGACUCCAAGUUCCAAGACUUACUCGAUGCCAUCCAUGCUGAGAAGGGCUUCAUCCUCCUGGCCACUCUCCGGCAAGCCAAGAAGAGUAGAGGCACGUUGCUGUCUGUGGAACAGAAAGAUGGCUCCGGUCAUGUCUUCAGCCUAGUGUCAAAUGGCAAGGCGGGCACCCUGGACCUGAGCCUUUCUGGUGAUGGCAAGCAGCAGUUAGUGUCAGUGGAGGAUGCCUUGCUGGCUACAGGACAUUGGAAGAACAUCACCCUGUUUGUGCAGGAGGACCGGGCUCAGCUCUACGUGGGGUGUGAGAAAAUGGAGAAUGCUGAACUGGACAUCCCCAUCCAGAACAUCUUCACUAGGGACCUGGCCAGCAGUGCCAGGCUCCGUAUUGCCAAAGGGGGAGUCAAUGACAACUUCCAGGGACUGCUGCAGAAUGUGCGGUUCGUGUUUGGAACAACUCUAGAAACUAUCCUGAGGAACAAAGGCUGCUCGAGCUCCACUAGUGCAAUCAUUACUUUGGACAACCCCAUCAAUGGUUCCAGCCCAGCUAUCCGCACUAAUUACAUUGGCCAUAAAACAAAGGACAUCCAAGCAGUCUGUGGUUUUUCCUGUGAUGAACUAACAAAUAUGUUUGUGGAACUGCAAGGGCUCCGGUCCAUGGUAACAACGCUCCAAGACAGAGUUCGCAAAGUGACUGAAGAAAAUGAACUCAUUGCCAAAGUGGUGCAGAUCACUCCUGGAGUGUGCAUUCAUAAUGGAAUCUUGCACAAAAAUAAAGAAGAGUGGACUAUUGACAGCUGCACUGAAUGUACCUGCCAGAACUCUGCCACUAUAUGCCGGAAAGUGUCCUGUCCUCUCAUGCCUUGUUCCAAUGCCACUGUGCCUGAUGGGGAGUGCUGCCCCCGAUGCUGGCCUAGCGACUAUGCAGAUGAUGGAUGGUCUCCUUGGUCUGAAUGGACUUCGUGUUCUGUGACCUGUGGGAAUGGGAUUCAGCAGAGAGGGCGAUCCUGUGACAGCCUCAAUAACCGCUGUGAAGGGUCUUCUGUACAGACUCGGACUUGCCACCUUCAGGAGUGCGAUAAGAGAUUUAAGCAAGAUGGUGGCUGGAGUCACUGGUCACCAUGGUCAUCAUGUUCUGUCACCUGUGGCACGGGCAUCAUCACUAGAAUUCGUCUCUGCAACUCACCGGUACCACAACUGAAUGGCAAACCUUGUGAGGGUGAGGCAAGAGAAAACAAAUCCUGCCAGAAAGAUCCAUGCCCAAUUAAUGGCAACUGGGGACCGUGGUCGCCAUGGGAUGCUUGCACAGUGACAUGUGGUGGAGGACUUCAGAAACGUAGCCGUCUCUGCAAUAACCCUGAGCCUCAGUAUGGUGGGAAGACUUGCGUAGGUGAAGCUAGAGGGACUCAGGUCUGCAACAAACAGGACUGUCCAAUUGAUGGGUGUCUGUCUAAUCCCUGCUUUGCCGGGACUACGUGUACCAGCUCUCCUGAUGGCUCCUGGAAGUGUGGUGCCUGUCCUGCUGGCUACCAUGGUGAUGGUGUCCACUGCCAAGAUAUUGAUGAGUGCAAAGAGGUUCCUGAUGCCUGCUUUGUCUUCAACGGAGUGCACAGGUGUGAGAAUACUGAACCUGGGUACAACUGUCUGCCUUGUCCACCACGUUUCACUGGGACACAGCCAUUUGGUCGCAGUGUUGAAGAUGCUAUGGCUAACAAGCAGGUCUGCAAGCCACGUAAUCCAUGCACAGAUGGAACACAUGACUGCAACAAGAAUGCCAAAUGCAAUUACCUUGGCCACUUCAGUGACCCCAUGUAUCGCUGUGAAUGUAAACCAGGCUAUGCUGGUAAUGGCAUAAUCUGUGGAGAAGAUACUGACUUGGAUGGAUGGCCAAAUGAGAACCUUGUUUGUGUUGCCAAUGCCACUUACCACUGUAAAAAAGAUAACUGCCCUAAUCUGCCCAACUCUGGUCAGGAAGACUAUGAUAAGGAUGGGAUUGGGGAUGCCUGUGACAAUGACGACGAUGAUGAUGGCAUUCAAAACUUGCAGGACAACUGUCCAUUCAUCUACAACCCACAGCAGUAUGACUAUGACAGGGAUGAAGUUGGUGACCGCUGUGAUAACUGCCCCUACAAUCACAACCCUGAUCAAACGGACACGGACAACAACGGAGAAGGAGAUGCGUGUGCAGUGGAUAUUGAUGGAGAUGGGGUCCUUAAUGAACAGGACAACUGCCAGUAUGUCUACAAUGUAGACCAGAGGGACACGGACUUGGAUGGUGUUGGAGAUCAGUGUGAUAACUGUCCGCUGGAACACAAUCCUGACCAGGAAGACACAGAUUCUGACCGCAUAGGUGAUGAGUGUGACAACAACCAGGACAUAGAUGAAGACGGCCAUCAAAAUAAUCUUGAUAACUGCCCCUAUGUGCCCAAUGCCAAUCAAGCUGACCAUGACAAGGAUGGGAAAGGCGAUGCCUGUGACCAUGAUGAUGACAAUGACGGUAUCCCUGACGACAAAGACAACUGCAGAUUGGUUGCCAACCCUGACCAAGCAGAUUCCGAUGGUGAUGGACGUGGAGAUGCUUGCAAAGAUGACUUUGACCAAGACAGUGUGCCAGACAUUGAUGAUAUCUGCCCUGAAAAUGUGGACAUUAGUGAAACUGAUUUCCGAAGAUUUCAGAUGAUUCCUCUGGAUCCCAAAGGAACAUCCCAAAAUGAUCCAAACUGGGUUGUUCGUCACCAGGGUAAAGAACUGGUUCAGACAGUCAACUGUGACCCUGGCCUUGCAGUCGGUUUUGAUGAAUUCAACGCUGUGGACUUCAGUGGCACCUUCUUCAUCAAUACAGAAAGGGAUGAUGAUUAUGCUGGCUUUGUAUUUGGCUAUCAGUCUAGCAGUCGCUUCUAUGUCGUCAUGUGGAAGCAGAUCACCCAGUCUUACUGGGACUCCACACCAACCAAAGCUCAAGGCUACUCAGGUCUGUCCAUUAAAGUUGUGAACUCCACCACCGGUCCAGGAGAACACCUUCGUAAUGCUCUGUGGCACACAGGAAACACUCCUGGCCAGGUGAGGACUUUGUGGCAUGACCCUCGUCACAUAGGCUGGAAAGACUUCACUGCAUACAGAUGGCGUCUCAGCCACAGACCAAAGACUGGCUACAUCAGGGUUGUAAUGUAUGAAGGGAAGAAAAUCAUGGCAGACUCAGGACCAAUCUAUGAUAAAACCUAUGCUGGUGGGCGGCUAGGAUUAUUCGUCUUCUCUCAAGAAAUGGUGUUCUUCUCAGAUCUUAAAUAUGAAUGCAGAGUUGUGGAUAACUGUUAUGCUGUUAUUCGUGUCACGUUAGGCUUCAAAGCCAGGCGUCUCUACGCUCUUUACAUUAAAACUAUGACAAGGGGAUGCUUUCUGUCACCUGAGCUUUCACCCCAGCUAUAA